AUGCUUCACAACCAUGAUUUACUUAAAAGCAUUAUUGUAAAGAAAAGAAGAAGAUAUCUAUCGAAGCUUUCACUCCACGAUGGAGUAGGGCAUUCCAAAAAAGUCACUGGACUAUUAAAGUCUAUAAUUAGCGAAUAUACACUCAUCUGCAAACUAAUUUGGUUUUUCGAGAGACUCACCUGGAAAGCAGCUGAACAUCACAAACGAGAGAUUCAGCUGGGUUCCAGAAAAGUUGAGAAUAUUUUUGACCAUGAGGAAAUCGUGUUUUCCUUCCCCUGCGUUGAAUUUGAAGGCAGUCACUGUGGCAGUCAUCCCGGUGGAACGGUCAAGGCGACAAAGCUCCGGGUAAUCCUAGAUACAGCUAAGGAAUGGAUCAUGCAGACAACCGAAUGUGCUUCACCAAGCCGCUUCAUCUUUCAGUUGCUACAUUUUUCGAGACAUCGCGAUACAUGUAUAUUCGUAACGCACGUUCAGUUUCCUGAAAACAUCGCAAACGAGAGAUUCAGCUGGGUUCCAGUUGAGUCUCUCGGAAAACCAAAUUAG